UUUUAACAAUAUGAAUAUCACAAAGCUUCUUUGAAAAAAAAGUUUUAAAUAUAUGUAGAUUGGUGGAAUCCGAUAGGUACGACCGCUGUUCUCCUCAGUGGAGGAGUUGUUUUCUAUCGGACACUUCCUGUCAAUAGACGAAGCAUGAAGAAAGAGCAGGUUGUAAACUGUCAGUUUUCGGUGUGGUACACAUUAUUCAAGAAGCACACGAUUAAAAGUUUAAUUCUUCCUUUGCCACAGAAUGUGAUCGAUUAUUUACUGGAUGACGGCACUCUUGUGGUUUCAGGGAGAGUAGAUCCCCCUCAGAAUUCUCAGACAAACAAUAGUGACUGUGAUGAGGAAGACGAUAUACAGUGGUCAGAUGACGAGACUACAUCAACGGUUACUGCUCCUGAAUUCCCCGAGUUCCAUGCCAAAGUACAGGAAGCAAUCAACGCUCUUGGGGGCAGCAUCUUCCCGAAGCUGAACUGGAGUGCUCCAAGGGAUGCUAACUGGAUUGCAAUGAACAGUUCUUUAAGAUGCCAGAGCCUGAGUGACAUUUUUCUGCUUUUCAAGAGUUCAGACUUCAUCACCCAUGACUUCACUCAGCCGUUCCUUCGUUGUAAUGAUGAUUCCCCAGAUCCAUCAAUAAACUACGAGCUGGUCCUGAGAAAAUGGUGUGAAUUGAUCCCUGGUGGAGAGUUCAGAUGUUUUGUCAAGGAAAACAAGCUAAUAGGAAUCUCACAGAGAGAUUACACACAGCACUAUGAUCACAUUUCACAUCAGGAAGAUGACAUUUGUAGAUCAAUCCAGGAUUUCUUCAGGGACAAUAUUCAGUACAAGUUCCUGGAUGAGGACUUUGUGAUUGAUGUCUACAGAGAUAGUCAGGGUAGGGUGUGGUUGAUAGAUCUGAACCCAUUUGGUGAGGUGACGGACUCGUUGCUGUUCACCUGGGAAGAGCUGACUUCAGGAAACAGUCUCAGAGGGGACCACGUUGAAGGGGAAAAUACAGAUCAGGACGCCCCAGCAUUCCGAUACACCACCAGUGAGGUGACGGUGCAGCCAAGCCCCUGCCUCAGCUACCGGAUCCCCAGGGACUUCGUAGAUCUCUCCACCGGGGAAGAUGCGUACAAACUUAUCGACUUCCUCAAGCUGAAAAAAGGUCAGCAAGAGGAAUCUGAUGAAGAAUCUUAAACAUUUUGCUAACAGCAAUAAAAGACUGUUAAAGGCUGCAUUGGUCUGUCAAACUCUAUAAAUAAUAGAUCUGGAUAGAUGAAAUAAACCAACAGUCAAUACAUGCAUGAGGAAAGGUCUGGUAUUCAGCAUGCUGGAAGGAAAAUUGUCCCUUAGAAUGUUUUUAUAUGAUGGAUUUGUAGGGAUAUAUUAUAUGCAUUUUAUAUAAUUACAUAAAGAUAUAUAUAAAUUACAACUCUAGUUAAUACAAUAAAACACUUGUUUUACUUUUUCCUGCAAAUAGGGAUGUCAAACAUGUAUUAAAAAAGUUGAUUUGUUUGUGAUUUGCAGCUGUAAAGGAAAAAACAAUUAGCAUGUUUUGUAAUGUGAUUUAUGUUUCUAAAUGAGGAAAUUAUGUUGCUUCCCUAAUGAAUUAAAACUUCUUAGUAUAGGCUUGAAAUUAAUGUCUGUGUAAAUGAAAUUAAUUUCAAUCACUUUGAAAGUAAUUGAAAACUAAAUCUUGUCCUUAAUUGUGUAUCAUCUGAAUUGAACAGAUGUAGAAAAUAGUCUUUAGAGGGUAUGAAUAAUUAAUAUAAGAAUAGAAUAUUUAUAUUUCUAAUCUGUAAGGAGGUAGAAUGGUUCUAAUGUAUUUGGGUCUGCUCUAGAACUAAAUUAAUCUAAUAAACUAUUCACAUUUUAUAUUGAAUAUCCAUUAGAAAGCUUAAAGUAUGAAUUUAGUCGAACUAUAUAAAGUAAAAGAUGGUAAAGCUCUAUUUAUGGAAGAUAUUUUCAUAAAAAUUAAAAUCUAAAGCAACAUGCUCAUGAUGAAAUAAGUCAUUUAAAUACAGUACACCAUUCUUUGUAAUCCUAUAGAUUCUUUACAAGCUGAAAAUUAAGUAAGCUCUCUUAUUUAAAGAUAAUAAGGAACUGACAGGUACUGUAUCUCUAUUAUUACUUUUUGCUAUGAAGACUUCACACACUGUUACUUUUUGUAGCAUUUAGUUCAGUGUGCAUGUUCAAUGUGUGUCCUGAGUGUCUCUGGCCUAUGGUGUGUAAUGUGGCCAUCUGUCCAAUAUGGAUGUUGGUGACCAGAGUUUGCAUUACAUGUUUCAGCAACAUGAUGUUUUUUGGUUCUGGUUUGCAUUUUGCAUCAUUGAAGUGAGAAACUCUCAUUGCACAAUACAGUACGCAUAAAUGGCUGAUUUGUCAUCGUUAGAAUAUUUUAUAAGGUAAGAUUUAUUGUUUGUCAACGAAGAUAAUCUAUACUAAGAUGACAUGAUGUUGUUCUCACAGAUGUUUUUUACAUACACAGUUUAGAUGAUCUGAGUGUUCCACAGACACUCGAGCAGAAUUGUAAUGCUCUCAUGUUCCUCACUGCAGUGCUCUUGAGCUGAAAACUGUUCACCUGGAGUUCAAGUUUGAGAAGAUGUACAGUAUAGCUUUCCAAAGCUUUAAGUCAUCUUUGAUAAAGUUUUCAUUGUUCACACAGUUAUAACAUGCCCUUGUCACAAUUAAAAAAUGUUCUGCUCAACAAAA